AUGGCGACAGGUCCAACACUAGCAAUUAUGGAAUUUAUACAAAAAUUAAAAACAGAAAUAGAAAAAACAGAAAUUACUGUUGAAGAAUAUGAAUUUUUAUGGCAAAUAAUUAAGACAAAUUAUGAAGCACUAGGAUCUUAUCGCGAAUAUAAUGAAAUCGCUUUUCAUACGGCUAUUGAGGUGCUAUUAAGAAAUAUUUCCAUAAGAUAUAUUUCUGAAUUACAACUAAUUACGAAAUAUAAAGAAAAUUCGCAAAAUUGUGAGAUUACUUAUGGUUUUUCAGAUAUUUUUUUACCUGAUAAUAACUUAGGACAAGAUUGUAACACGUCUUUAGAAGAAUUUGAUAAAAUAUUACAGCAAGAAUCGGAGGAAUUAUUACUAGAAAGAAAUUAUACUUAUUGGUGUAAAGGUAAAGUUUAUAAUGAUGGAGUUGGUGUAGCAGAUAAUAGAAUAACAGGUGGAACAGGGAGAAGUCAUAUAAGAGGAUAUUUGAUAGCUUCUCUCGGAACGCAACGAGUUAUAUCAAAAUCUAUAAUUACUUUUUCAGAUUAUCAGUAUUAUAUAAAAAAUUAA